AUGGAGGAGGAGGUCACUGAGCCCGAUCCUCAGACCGAGGAGCCCGCCGGUAUGCCGCCGCCGCCGGCGGAGGUGAACGGAGACUUGCCGGGGAACCCGUACCUGAGGGACGGGCCGGCGGAGGUGGAGGACAGUCCGGCGCGGGAGUCCGUGGUGCUGCAGUAUCCCACAGACUACCAGGACAGCCAGCAGUGUGGGGAGAAGAUGCCGUUCCACCAUGUGACGGCAGGCCUGCUCUACAAGGGGAACUACCUGAGCCGCUCGCUGUCGGACAGCGACAGCGAUGUGCUCGCCAGCAUUUCUGUGGAAGAGCUCGACGAGAUCCGGGAGGCGUUCAAGGUCCUGGACCGUGACGGGAACGGGUUCAUCUCCAAGCAGGAGCUGGGUAUGGCCAUGCGCUCUCUGGGGUACAUGCCCAGUGAGGUGGAGCUGGCCAUCAUCAUGCAGAGACUAGAUAUGGACGGUGACGGACAGGUGGACUUCGAGGAGUUCAUGACGAUUCUCGGCCCGAAGCUGCUGUCGUCUGAGACGAGAGAAGGCUUCCUGGGCAGCACAAUAGACACCAUCUUCUGGCAGUUCGACAUGCAGAGGAUCACCCUGGAGGAGCUGAAACACAUCCUGUUCUACGCCUUCCGAGACCACCUGACCAUGAAGGACAUAGAGAACAUCAUCAUCAACGAAGAGGAGAGCCUGAAGGAAAACUCGGGGAACUGUCAGACUGAGUUUGAGGGAGUUCACCCCUCCAAGAAGAACCGCCAGACGUGCGUGAGGAAGAGCCUCAUCUGCGCCUUCGCCAUGGCCUUCAUCAUCAGCGUCAUGCUCAUCGCCGCCAAUCAGAUGCUGAGGAACGGCAUGGAGUAGCGGCGCCGGCCUGUGCAUGUGCAUGCCAGUGGGCGGGGCCAGACGGACUCCAGGAACUCAAAGUAACCAUCAACUGUUUU